AUGAGUCAAAGGGGCUUGAUUUAUAGCUUUGUUGCGAAAGGAACUGUUGUUCUAGCAGAUCACACUUCUUAUUCUGGAAACUUCAGCACAAUUGCUGUCCAGUGCUUGCAAAAGCUUCCUUCUAACAGCUGCAAAUACACAAACUCCUGCGAUGGCCAUACCUUCAAUUUUCUCUUUGACAGUGGAUUUGUUUUCCUUGCUGUUGCUGACGAAUCUAUGGGAAGAGUUAUACCUUUUGUUUUUCUCGAGAGAGUGAAGGAUGACUUCAAACAACGAUAUGGUGACAGCAUCAAGACCGAUGGCCCUCACCCACUUGCUGAUGAUGAAGAUGAAGAUGAUGAUUUGUUUGAAGAUCGAUUUAACAUUGCAUACAAUCUUGACCGAGAAUUUGGGCCAAGGCUUAAAGAGCACAUGCAGUAUUGUAUGAAUCAUCCAGAUGAAAUAAGUAAGCUGUCCAGAAUCCAAAGUGAAGGCUCAAAUAACAGAGGUCAAAGGAAUAAUGAUGGAUAA